UGCUGGGAUUACAGGCUUGAGCCACCGCGCCCGGCCCACAUUUUCAACUAAGUGUGAUCCGGCCAGUGUGAGCAGGGGCAGGUAUGGGGCUGUGCUCGGGCUCCCUCUGCCGCCCAUUGUGACGUAGCCCUCUUGGCGCCCCCUGCCGCCCAUUGUGACGUCUGCCAGCAGGCUGGGUCCCCCAGGCGGCUGGCAUUUAGGCACCGUCUCCACAGCCAUGGCCGAGACUCAGGAGCUGCUGCUGCAGCUGCAGAAGGAUAACCGAGAUGGUCGCCUGCGGAAGCAGGAGCUAGAGAAGCUGAUGCGCGGGCUCGAGGCCGAGAGCGAGAGCCUCAACCGGCGCCUGCAGGACCUGAGCGAGUGCGAGCGCAGCCUGCUGCGCAGGCGAAGCCAGACAGCGCAGGCUCUGCCAAGGGAGGCCCAAGAGGCUGCGCGGGAGCGCGCAGAGCGGGUGCGCAGAAGGCUGGAGGAGGCGCAGCGCCACAAGGAGGACUUGGAGCAGCGCAACCGGCAGCUGCAGGAGCAGUGGGAGGAGCUGUCGAGUCAGCUCUUCUACUACGGAGGGGAACAGCAGAGCCAGAAGCGCACGGAGCAGCAAAUCGCAGCCCAAUUGGUGACUCUGCAGAAUCAACUGGGGCUGGCGGAGACCAAGUACGCCUUGCAGGAGGAGAAGCUGCAGCAGGGCGCGCUGCAGACAGCGGAGGCCUGGGCCAUAUUCCAGGAGCAGACCAUAGUCCUGCAGGUGCGGCUCCGCUCGGACGCCACGGUGCCUUCCGCCUCUCCUCCCCAAGACCUGCGGCGGCAGGUCUCUCAACCCGCCGCCAGGACGCCUCCCCGAGGCCUCAGUCCGCAUUCUCACCCGCUCCAGGAGGUGCAGGUGAAGGUGAUGGAGGCGGCGGAGGAGCUGGACGCCUGGCAGAGUGGCCAGGAACCGUGUGGCGGGCAGCUUUGCGGAGUGCAGUAUAGCACCAAGUCGCUCAUGGAGGAGGUGGCCCGGGCGGACCGAGUGAGCGCCCGUGCGGGCCUGGGCGGGGCGGGCUGGAGCAGGACAACCCUCUCCAUCCCUCUUUGGGACCGCCUUCCCCUCCCGCUGGAAACCUACCCCCCUCUCCCCGCAGGAGAUGCGGCUGUUCGGCGGCCCGCGCGCGCAGGCCAUCAGGCGGUGCGUGCUGGGCGUGCUGCAGGUGCUCCUGACGCUGCCGCUUUUCUUCCUGGGGCUGUCGCUGCUCUACCAGCUGCUGUUGGACGCCGGCGCCGUCUCCGCGUGGCUCCGAAGCCUCACUUCGGAGACCACACUACGCCGCCUGCGCUACACGCUGUCUCCGCUGCUGGAACUGCGUGGGAACGGACUGCUGCCCACCUAAGCGCAGCGCCCCAGCCGCCCGCGUCUGUCUCUGGGUGGACUCUGGGGCACCUGGCUUUAUUUCUAGUACACCCUUCUCCUGAGAGUGUAGACCAAGGUGGCCUGAUAAACUCCUCAAAGGGAUGAGGCUCGUGGAUUUGUCAUCUUCAUGUCAUGUAGGAUCUUGACUUUUUUUUUAGCCUCAAAAGACUCCUUCCUUUCUUACAGCUCAUGGAUUUAAGAUUCCCCCUCCCCAGUACUGUAAACAGCAUUUUUAGUUUUUCAGGAUAUAUAAUUUGCCAUAUUGCCAGAAACUUGUACAUGGCAUUUGAC